AAGCAGAAGCAGAAGCAGUCGCAAAUACAUUUGUGUUGCCAAAUUGCCAGCGACCAAAGUGGACGAUGUCUUGUCAGUUCUACAGGCCUUUUGCUCUCAUCGCUGGCCGUCAAUUAGCGCCGUUUGCCAUUUGAACGGAUUCGGUUCUUGGCGGUUCUCUCGCCUCGCCUGGCGGCUGAUUCACUUGUUCUCUAGAAAUCGGGGGUCCCAUGGGCACUUGCUGGGGCAUUAAUCAGUUGCAAGACGAUCGAUUAGCGGAAAACAAGAGCCCGCCCGUGAUACUGCAUUCGCAUCCGCCUGGCGAUUUCGCCUGGCCCAUAUCCGAUUCUCCGUGCUACGCGCUCUCAUAAAUCGUCUCAAAACGUAGAUAAAUGAUAAAUAUAUAUCAAUGAUUGGUCGAAUGAUUUGUGAGCGAAAGUGAAAUAAAUAGUUUUCGAAUUACCUAAUCGACUGGCCAUUAACGUGAGUGGUGUGAAUUUUCGAGUGCGUGGUGAAUAUAUUUUAUAUAAUACGUGUUAGCCGAUUCGGUUCUCGUCGCUAUACGAGUAUACUCUCAUUGAAUCGGCGAACGUUGGAGGAUUCGGAUUCCGUUCGAUUUCGGGCAUUACGCAAUGGCCGCUGAGGAGACGGCGCUAACCGGCGUCGGCGAGCUACUUUUCUCGCUGCUAAUUGGAUACCUGGGCGCCCUGGAGUUCGCCUUUGUGGCCCGCCAUCUCUACCACUGGACCUUCCAACAUCCCGGCGAUUCUUCUGCAGACGCAGAUGCAGCAGCCGACGCAGAAGAACUGCCUCGAAUGCGAGAGCGAUUGGAUAAGCAGAUCAAGGAGGCGGCUGAAAAGGAAGCCCUGGCGGGAACCAAUGUCAUGCAGGAUGGUGUCCAAUACAUCAAUGGAAUACGAGUGGAUCCCGCUGGUGAUAAGAGAGAAGCUUUGGCCGCCGAACUGGCACGUCAACAGCAGAUCGAAGCCGAUACGAGGCGUCAGCUGGCGGAGGCGGAGACCAAGCUGGCAGAGGAAAGACUGCGGGUCCAGAGGGAGAAGGAAGAAUCGGAGCAGCAGCAGGCGAAGCUCAUAGAGGCCGAGAGGCAGCGCGAAAGAGAGCAGGCGGAGAGAGAACUGCAGGAACAAAGAGACGCCGAACGCAGGCAGCUAGAAGCAGAAGAAAAGCAGCGUAAACAGCGCGAAAUCGAGGAGAAAGAGGAGAAAGAACGCCUAGAAAACGAAAGAAAGCUGAUAGAAGCCGAACGGGAAAGGGAAGAGAACGAGCGCAGACUGCAGGCAGCUGAAGAGCAGCGCGAGCGGGAAGAGAGUGAAAGAAGAAUCAUCGAGGCGGAGCGUCAGAGAGAGCGGGCCGAAGCCGAAAGGGAGCAAGCCGAACAACAAAGGAUCCUGGCUGAAGCCGAGGCAGCCGAAGCCGAACGCCGUCUCUUUGAAGCCGAACUGCAGCGAGAGCGGGAUCAAGCCGACGAGGAGGAGCAAGCACAGAGGGACGCGGAGAUUGUAGAGCGUCUUCUGGCAGCGGAAAGAGAGCUCAGCCCAAGCGGUACCGAGAGCGAACUGGAGGAGGACGCUGCCAUCGCCGAGCAUUCGCGUCGCCUGAUCUCCAGCAAAACUGAUCUGGAGCAAAGGCAGCGAUCGAUUGAGGAGAACGCCAGACUCUUCCUGGAGGCUGAAGAGGAGAUGGUGAUGCUACAGCAGCGCCAGCUUCGAGCGUCCCGCAGCAAAGAGGAGGCAGACGAGUACGCUGGCAUGGAACCGUGGGGAGGGUGUGAAGUGGCUAGAGGUCAAAAAACCAGCUCAACCUUCCCUGGCGUAUCGGAUGAAGGAUCCUCCGCGGAACCAAGAACUCCGAUCUCCAGCCAGCAGUCGUCCCUUAGCACCCAACCCUCCGAUGAAGUCAACAGGAUCGAGUGCGAACGCCCUGAACCUGAAGGAGAAGAUCAGGUACAGGAAGUCCAGUACACUGAGGACUACCUGCGUUCCUUAGAUGGCAUCAAGAAUCGUCCUUUGAUGCGAGAGGACGGUUCUGGCAGGAGGAGGGCCUUCAAGAAGCGACGAUCCAGUGGAAGCUCCAACUCCUCUCGGGAGUCACGCGCCUCCCGCGACGAGGAACUAAAGAUGUUCACCUCGCUAGAGGAGGAGGAGUUGCGCCACGGCAACCGGGAAGACUACAACCCCAUCAAGUAUACGAGUGAACCCACCCUGAAGGUUAAGUCCCACCGACGUCACAAAAGGAGUCCAGCAAAGGACGUAAGACCAACGGCGGACUCGACCACAUCCUUGGAGAUGCUCGGUGAGGAGAGCACAAAUCCGUGGGGUGAGGUUGUGCCGGAGCACUACAAGGAUACCGAGUUCUGGAAGCGGGAGAAAGCGCUUUCCAUAGACGAGGAGGAAAUCGAGCUGGAGAGACCCUCAAAGGGAGAGGAUGUGGAGGAUGAAGCCACCAAUGAGCCAAAAUCGUCCUCCUUUGAGGAGGCCACUGAGGCACAAAACGAACAGGCAGUGGCUGCCCUAAAACACCAACUUUCCAAGGAGCAGGUGGACAAAGAAACGGAGCAGAACAACCCGCAAGCAAUGGAGACCAGCGACAGCAACAAAUCCAAUCUGCAAACCUCUACCGCAGCAGAGGAGCAAUCAAGGGGUUCACCUGGCUUGCGACGCAGUCCACGUAUGGAUGAAAUGGAGCAUUACCCGGAGCGCUGGUCCGCCAGCCAGGAGCAGCAGUCAGUGCAACAGCAGCCAGCGCAAGCAGCACCAGCCAUCAAUGUCCAGCAGCCGGAUACGGCUCCUUGGCGGGAUCAGUACGGAUUGCUCAUGGAGGGACUCAGCGACUUCUACGACUUUACCGCAUCUGUAAACCCGUCGAGAUCCCGUUCGGCAUCGCGCAAUCCCUCACCAGCUCCCAAGAAUGUGGCCAAUUUGAUGGAUGUGGACUCGGAGCGAUCGCUGGAGGUCUUCGACGACACUCAGGAGGGUGUAGUGGCCGGAGAACUAAACUGCGAGUCUGUGCUUCAGCUCCUGGAAUCGAACCUAAAUGAAACCGAAUCCUCGAACGACCAACUUCAAGUACAAACUGUAGCCGAUGAUGCCAAGAAUGAUAAAUCCAUACUACCACUGGUACACGAACCCCUCGAAAGCUCUUCACUUGGUACUGUACUGGAAGAAAGGGGACGGGAGUCUUCUGUCGGACGGAUCCAAUCCAAAUCCCGCUCCCGUUCCCCACUUCCCACCUCAGAGAACCUAGAUAAGAGCAUUCAUAAGCGCAGAGAGCGAUUGAUCAAACAGAACGAUGAACUGGCCGAACGUCUCUCCCGCUCAAGUUCAGAGGGUUCUAUGGAAGUCGAGACAAAUGGCAAUGGCCGAUUAAGUCCAGCACUGGAGGUCACCCUGCCACAGCCUGUAAUUGAGAUUAAUGAAAUGGCCGACGAGCCCAUGAAGGAUGAGGAAACUACACCUGAAGAAAUGCGACUUUUUGUAGAGACCUUAAGAGCCGAGAGGAAUGCCCGCUCGAGAUCCCGAUCUCGUUCCCGUUCUCCUCUGCCCACGGCGGGUAAUAUAGAAAAGAGCUUGGAAAGUCGUAGACAAAAACGCAUUCAACACAAUGAUGAAAUCUUCGAGAAACUGCACGAACAAAUGCCUUCGCCCCAGAUCAUCAUAGAGUCCGCAUCUCCGCCAACUUCACCGCUUCCUCUACCAGUGAUAUCCAUUGAAAUUGUCGAACCACCGGAGGAAACUGCUUCCCACGCCGAAGCAGAACCUGAGGAUACACCAGAGAGCAUGGCUAGACUUUUCGAGCAACUUCGUCUGAAUCGAGUGCGAUCCCAUUCCCGAUCCCGGUCGCGUUCGCCACUUCCGACAGCCGCCAACUUGGAGCAGAGUGUGCAGAAGCGUCGCGAGAGGCUGAUUGCUCAGAAUGAUCAGUUCUUCGAGGUGCUCCAGGAAAGAGCAAGGACCCCGGAGCCAGAAACUCGCAUGACCGUGGAGUACGUCUAUGAAUACGUUCAAGAGAAAGAUGAACAGGUUGGCGAAAGUCGCGACAAGCGAUCCUUGUCCCCAUCUCGUUCACGGUCACAGUCGCAAGAGAAAGGGCAAGAUGAUUUCCACUUGAUGCUCAACCUGGAGGGCAGUGAGUUGCGCACACUACGCAAGAAUAGCGAGGAGUUGGAAAGUGUCCUGGCGGUGGGUGCAAAGCAGCGGGAGGUCGAUAUGGAUGCCCUGGAGAAGCUACACAAUGCCAGUGAGGAAAUAGAGCUUCGCGUGCUCAGCCCCACUAAUUCGGAGUUAGAGAGAGUGGUUGAGAUGACACGGGAGAAUCCUGACUUGGAUCGCACGGUCUCUGAGGUGGCGCGGGAUCUGCAGGACGAACUCAUGGCCAGCGGCUUCAAACGCUCCACCUACGUGGGCGAGUCCUUAGACCUAGGCAGCGAUCAAUUCAAGGAGCUACGUCGGGAGGCAGCUCAGUUUCAGAGAUCCCGAAGCCCAUCUCCCGGAAUGAGCAUGGAUUACGCUCGAGAACAGGCUGCAGCUCAAAGGGAGCUCCAAGCAGCCAUCCUAGACUCUCUGACCGAAAGCCGCCUGGGAGCCAAGCCCAAGACCUACUCCGAGGAGAGAACUGGCGAGUUCGAGGAUAUAACUGCCGCCCAGCUGGACGACCUGCGUCAUCGUACGGCCGAGUUCCAGCGAUCGCGUAGCCAGAGUCGCUCGCCCUUGAGAGAAGAUAGCCUCACCCAGUUGAGGGACAUCGAAGCGGAGUCGGAUAGGAGGGAGCUGCAGGAUCAGUUACUAGAUAGGUUAGCCGCCUCAAGCAUUAAUUUCGAGAAUUUCUCGCGGCACCUGAAUGCCGACUUCCUGGACAGCGAGCGGAGGGCCUCGGACUCGGCUUUGAUGGGUGACAUGGAACCGGAUGAAUACCAUCACUUCCGUCGCUAUUCACUUGCCCAGGAACAGCCCGUCGAGGAGUAUCCCAGCGAUGACUACGUUUACAUCUCACAAAUCGAGGUGCGAACUCUUACAGGAACAAGGACUUGGUUAAAGGAAGACUUUUACCUCCAGGAACCAAACGAUUUUUCUGAUUCAAAAAGUCCGGUAAGAGAUGAAGACUCCUGGGCAAGAGCUGUUUUGGCUGCAGAGGCGGAAGCUGCUGAGUUCGAUUCCACCAAUGCCAUCUACAGCUAUGACAUAGUGGGAGACCAUGAGCACUUGGAUCAGGACAGGAGCAGCUCGAACGACAGCGAGGACACACGACAGACGGUGGUGGAAAUCGAUGACGAAGAUGAGUUCGAGCUCGAGUUGGACGAGGGAAUCUCGGAUAACAACGAACGCACCCAGCCCACCGAUGAAUCCCACCAUGACACUUCCGAAUGCGAAGAGGCAGAAAGGAAUGCAGAUCGCUAUGAAAAUCGGGGAGCUCAGGACUGGGAAGAGGUAGAUGAUGUGGAGGAUUUCCUUGACUACGGUUUCGACGAUGGUGCUGUGGGUGGAGCCACGCCCUACUCCGAUCCUGACUCCUUCAUCGAACAGAUCUACAACGAGGCCAUCAAGAACAGAAAGCAGUCUGGAAUUCUACGGGAGUACGAGACCAUGGUCCAGGAGCAACUGCCUUCGGAUCUCAGCGAGUCCGAGAAGGAAAAGUCCGGUUCUGAAAGUGAGAAGUACGCCUUGUGGGCCAAGACCAGGGAACUGGAAAGAUCGCAUUCCAGUACCCGACACUCAGAUGUUGACAUCGCGUUGGGUUUGAUGCCAGAAAGUGAACAUCGCGACUCUGAAAUGCGUUAUCUAGGUGAUGCGCAUGUGGUGGCUCGGCAAUCCACCAGGUUACGUACCCGUUAUGGAUUCAAUCCUAAUCUCGAUGUGGGUGACCUGGAAGAUGACAUCGAGGUGGACCUUAACUACAAGCCCAAGAGGGAGUACAACUGGCGCAAGAACUUCCGACUGGACGACAAUGAAGAAGGGGAAAGGAGUGACCAAGUAAAAACCGAAGAGAACGAAGAACAAGAAGCCAGAGACCAAUUUGAGGAGGAGUUCGGGUGGCAGGAUCGAGAACAAGAACAUGAUGAAGAACACGAUCUAGAUCGGGAGCAGCCAUUGUAUGCUAAUGAAGAAAACGGACUUGACGAACAAGGAGAGCUAUUGGAAAACCGCAGGAUGAGUCUGGGCGGAGAGAGUAUCACCCUCUUCAGUCGAAGUCCUGUUCGAGAAAUUUUACCAGAUGUUCCUGAAGAACUUCCACAGGAGGAGGAAGCACUCGAGGAACAGCCAGCAGCAGUGGCUCCAUUGGAAGACCUGCCAGCCGAGAAGUCAAAAAAGAAAAAGAGCAAGAAGAAGCUGCGCAAAGGAUCUAAAACCGAAGAGGAACUAAGGGAUGAUAAUGACUCGGACACGCAAAUGGGCUUCACUGCACGCAGUGAUGACCCUGAGGCAGCGGAUCCGCCAAAGAGAAAAACUCGCUCGAGGCGAAGCUCAAGAAGCAGCUUGACCAAUGAAGAGGCCAAUGGAGGAGCAGGACUCUUUUCACCUAGGAGCAGUCUUGCCUUUGUGGGCGAAUCCUUGGAGGGCAUAGCUGAAUUCGAGCCACAGGAAAGGGAGGAAGAGCAGUCCUCCAAGAAGAGGACUAAAAAACGCAAGAAGACCUCAACAAAGGAAUGCAAGGAGGAAGCCAAAGAAGAGACCCAGACCCAGGCCACUGAUGACUCCCAUUUGGAUCAGGCACUAGCUGCUGCUCUGGCGGAGAUCGCCCCCAUUUCGGUAUCCACCAAUUUGAGCCCAGAAUCCACGCAGCAGAACCUACUUUCCAGCAUUAGUACUGGACAGAGCGUCUGCAUAACCCCAGCAUCAUCCAUCGAAGAGAUUGGCGAAUCGCCUUCCUCGACCUCAACUACGGUGGCUGCAGUGGUACCAGCGCGAUCCGUUGUGGACACCUUCGACAUACUCAAAGAUGCCAAUUUCUAUCCGCUCUUCUAGAUCGCUUGGUUUGCUAACUAAACCUGUGCCUUCACACUCUAUCACCCAUUUGAUUUACUCUCUAUCUGUUUCUUAUAGACAUGAUCAUAAGCCAAGUCAAGCCAAGCACAGCCCAGCACAAUCCAGUCCAAGCCACAUCCAAAACCGAGCACGCUGUACACGAAUUCAGUCCCAGUUAAAGAUUCAGCAUCCAGAUCCAGCAUCCAGCAUCCGCUCCUCUGACUGAGGGAUCCCAGAGAUUCCGAUCUGUAUAAACUAUGUAUUAUACUAACGACACAGAAAACCUUGAACCCAAAAAAGAAAAAACGAACGAUUGAAGGAUUAUUUACCAUAACAUAGCUGUUAGUUUGCUUAACAAUUUUGUCUUUAUACAAAUGACGAGAAUAAAGCCAACUGAAUAAAUGAA